AUGAGGACUCACACGGGAGAGAAGCCCUACAAGUGUAAGGAAUGUUCAUAUACUUGCUAUGAUAAAUCAAGUCUUAUUAUACACCAACGUACUCACACGGGAGAGAAACCCUACAAGUGUAAAGAAUGUUCAUAUACUUGCUCUGGUAAAUCAAAUCUUAUUAUACACCAACGUUCUCACACCGGAGAGAAACCCUACAAGUGCAAGGAAUGUUCAUAUUCUUGUGCUCAGAAAGGUCAUCUCACAUUACAUAUGAGGACUCACACCGGAGAGAAACCCUACAAGUGCAAGGAAUGUUUAUAUUCUACUGCUCGGAAAGAUCAUCUCACAUUACAUAUGAUGAAUCACACCGGAGAGAAACCCUACAAGUGUAAGGAAUGUUUAUAUUCUAGUGCUGGGAAAGGUGAUCUCAAAAAACAUAUGAGGACUCACACGGGAGAGAAGCCCUACAAGUGUAAGGAAUGUUCAUAUACUUGCUAUGAUAAAUCAAGUCUUAUUAUACACCAACGUACUCACACGGGAGAGAAACCUUACAAGUGUAAGGAAUGUUCAUAUACUUGUUCUGUUAAAUCAAAUCUUAAUAAACACGAACGUACUCACACAGGAGAGAAACCCUACAAGUGUAAGGAAUGUUCAUAUACUUGUUCUGUUAAAUCAAGUCUUUUUAUACACCAACGUACUCACACCGGAGAGAAACCCUUCAAGUGUAAGGAAUGUUCAUAUACUUGCUCUGUUAAAUCAAAUCUUAUUAGGCACCAACGUACUCACGCGGGAGGGAAACCCUACAAGUGCAAGGAAUGUUCAUUUGCUUGCUCUUUUGAAUCAAGUCUUGUCAGACACCAACGUACUCACACAGGACAGGAACUUUAA